UUAAUGAAAAAAAUAUCCUUUUAUCUGUUUACUACUAUAUCUAUCUAUGGACAUGUUUAGUUGUUAGAUUAAGCCACCGAUCUUUCUCUCUUCUCUUUAUUUCUUUACCUUAUUUCAAUCCAAUAUUAAGGAAUCACCAAAAAAGUGUGAUACAUGGCUGCAACUAAUGCUUCAAUCUUUGCUUCUUCCACUCAACCUUGUUUCUCUGUCACAACUCGUAGUCAUAGCAUAACAAACACGUUUGGAAGUAAUUUUCUCAAUGUUUCACUGCCAAGAUGUUACCCUAUGAAGGAAAGACAUGUGAAAGUUAGGCAUGUAGUCAAUGCUGCUGCUGCGGUUGCAACAAGUCCUACUGAGGAAAUUCAAGAGUACAAGCUUCCUUCAUGGGCUAUGUUUGAACUUGGGAAGGCUGCUGUUUACUGGAAAACCACAAAUGGUGUUGCUCCAACUUCAGGUGAAAAGCUUAAACUGUUCUAUAAUCCAGCUGCAGCUCAACUUGCUCCUAAUGAAGAAUUUGGAAUUGCUUUUAAUGGAGGUUUUAAUCAACCAAUUAUGUGCGGUGGUGAACCAAGAGCUAUGCUCAGAAAGGAUAGAGGCAAAGCUGAUUCUCCUAUAUACAGCAUUCAAAUAUGUGUUCCUAAACAUGCUUUAAACUUGAUCUUCUCAUUUACAAAUGGAGUAGAUUGGGAUGGUCCAUAUAGAUUGCAAUUUCAAGUCCCUAAGCCUUUACAGAACAAGCCAAUUGAAUUCUUUAAUGAGGGCUUGGCAGAGGAACUAAGUAAAGAAGGAGCAUGUGAACAAGCAAUAUUUCCAGACACAACUGCAGUUAUAGAAAAAUGUGCUAUGAUUGGUAAUUUAUCAAAAGAAGGGGGUGAUCGCUGCGAACUGAAUCUUGUUCCAGGGUGCAUCGAUCCUAGCUCGCCCUUGUACGAUCCAAUGGCCAAUGUAGAUGAUGGAUCAUGUCCAAUUGAAGUGGAUUCUGAUUCUGAUGAAUAACAUUACAUUUUUACAUGAAUAUUCAUUUCCAGCAUGCAUGCUGUUGUAAUUUGUUAUUACGUAAAUAAGGUGUUGUAUAAUAUAAAAUGUAAAUUCCACACUUAGUAGUUAGCACUGAACUUUGGGAAUAGUUGUCCCUUCUAUACUAUACUACUGGGAAGAAAUUAUGGUUCAUGGUAUAAGGUUGUGCUUUUAUACUCCGAAA